GCCAGGGUGGCCGAGGGAGCCACCUGGGGACUGGUCUGACGGCAUUCCACCUCCUGGGAUAAAACCUGGGGCGACCUGCAGAGAACCUACACACCCUGACCCGCAUCGCCCUGGGUCCCUCGAGCCGGCUGCCUGCGCCCCCGUCCCACCAGCCAUGGUGGUUUCUGGAGCGCCCCCAGCCCUGGGUGGGGGCCGUCUCGGCAUCUUCACCUCCCUGCUGCUGCUGGCAUCGACAGCCACCCUCAGUGCGGCCAGGAUACCUGUUCCCCCAGCCUGUGGGAAGCCCCAGCAGCUGAACCGGGUUGUGGGCGGCCAGGACAGCGAUGACAGCGAGUGGCCCUGGGUCGUGAGCAUCCAGAAGAAUGGAACCCACCACUGCGCCGGUUCCCUGCUCACCAGCCGCUGGGUGAUCACCGCUGCCCACUGUUUCAAAGACAACCUGAACAAGCCGUCCCUGUUCUCUGUGCUGCUGGGGGCCUGGCAGCUGGGGAACCCUGGCUCUCGGUCCCAGAAGGUGGGUGUUGCCUGGGUGCAGCCCCACCCUGUGUACUCCUGGAAGGAGGGUGCCCGUGCGGACAUCGCCCUGGUGCGUCUCGAGCACUCCAUACAGUUCUCGGAACGGGUCCUGCCCAUCUGCCUGCCCGAUGCCUCUGUCCACCUCCCUCCAAACACCCACUGCUGGAUCUCGGGUUGGGGGAGCAUCCAAGAUGGAGUGCCCUUGCCCCACCCUCAGACCCUGCAGAAGCUGAAGGUUCCCAUCAUUGAUUCGGAAGUCUGCAGCCGCCUGUACUGGCGGGGAGCAGGGCAGGGAGCCAUCACUAAGGAUAUGUUGUGUGCUGGCUACUUGGAGGGGGAACGGGAUGCUUGUCUGGGCGACUCCGGGGGCCCCCUCAUGUGCCAGAUGGACGGCGCCUGGCUGCUGGCCGGCAUCAUCAGCUGGGGUGAGGGCUGUGCCGAGCGCAACAGGCCCGGGGUCUACAUCAGCCUCUCAGCGCACCGCUCCUGGGUACAGAGGAUCGUGCAAGGGGUGCAGCUCCGCGGGCGCGCGCAGGGGAGUGCGGCCCUCAGGGCACUGAGACCAGACUCCGGGUCCGCCGCGGGCUCCUAGGGCACAGGGGGACUCGGGGCUUAGCUCUGGAACUGGAUCUGCGGCGGCCUGGGGCAGUUUCCCCCGCUGUAAACAGACCCAUCUACCUCUGGGGGCAUCCGCAUUCCCGGCCUACGGCUGCAACCGAAAGAAGGCUCCGCCCCCGCCCCGUCCCGCCGCGCUGCGAUCGACGGCCUCAGGCCCCGCCCCCAAGACGUCAGGCCCCGCCUCCGGGCCCCAGCGCCCUUGUGUAUAUAAAUGUUAAUGAUUUUUAUAGUUAUUUGUAACCUUUCCCACAUACCUUAUUUAUUCCUCCAAUUUCAAUAAAUUAUUUAUUCUCCAG